GUUUGGCAGCUGGCUUCAGUGGCUUGACGUUUCAAACAAGAGAAGACAGUAGCCAUCUAGCUAGCCUGCAAGUUACACAUUUAGCGACUUCAAAGUUGCAGAAAGAACUCCAGGUCUUAUGGACGCAUCUGACAGGGAUAGUCCUUCAGAGGAAGUCUCCAUCUCCUCUUUUCAUUCUGAAUAUCCUCCACUCAACACCUGGACAGAUGAGGAUACAGGAGAUGAAGGCACAGGAGAGGAGACCUUCAGAGAGGACCCAGCACAACCAACGGAUGCAACAGAGUUUUCUUUAGAGUUAGAUGCUACUAACUGGGCGGAUAAUGAUGACGACCUUGCAGAGGAUGGUGGACGUAGCGGAAAGAAGAGUUAUGCAGAGACAGCACGGAUGUUCAAGCUGAGAAGAAACCUGGACCAGCUGGACUGCUUCCACCGACAGAAGGAGCACAAUGUGCUGGAAGCCAGGGAGGAGCUCAAAGUUUGCCGUCUGCAUAUUUCUGAGCUGGAGAGGCAGAGAGAAAGAGUGGAAGAGGAGAUAGAGCAACAGAAAGAGGAAGACAACAGUGUGGCCGUGUUUCGCCUCCGAGCCCAGCACAAGCGCCUAUGUCAGGAGUUACAGCGAGAGGAGGAGCUGGAGUCACAUGUGGCCAACACUCUGAGGGAACAUGAACUGGAGCUGUGUCAGGUGGAGGUGGAAUUGGGUCGUUUCUCCCUCCUCCGUGUGGAGGUGCAGGAGGAGGAGCAGGCCUACCAGGUGCUGCAGGCCCAGAGAGGGGAGGCCAGGCUACAGAAGGAGGACACCUCCACCCAGAGCCUGCAGCUCCGGAAACAGUGCCUCAAAGCGAGGCAGGCGGCCAUACAGAGGGAGGAGGAGACUCACUGUCAGAGGACCACAGAGCUGGCCCAGGCUAGCCACCAGAAAGCAGCACUGUAUCUAAAAGAGACUAUCAACAGGAUGCAUCGGGAAGAGGCAGAGAAGGAGCAGCAGAGUCGAGGGCUGAGGCAGAAAAGGAUGCAGGCAGUCCUGUCAUUGAAGGCCAACAUUGCAGCCACCCAAGAGAGCCUGCGAGCCCAACAGACGAGGGCCAAAGCCCAGGCUCGGAGACAAGAGGAGGAGGAGAGACAGCUAAGAGAGUCCCUACAGACACAGGGUACCAACAGCACCAAGCACAUGUACCAACAGAAAAAGCUCCAGGACUUCCACCGAAAGAAAGAAGAAUUUGAGGAAAAGCAGAAAUCCAAACGGGUGGAAAUCGUCUCAAAGUUACUGCUGGAAGAGGAGUUGUUAGAGAGACGCAAGAGGCGCCAUGCUCUGCUGUUCCCUCCCACCCAAGUGAGCCUUGUAGAGAGGUUGGCAGGGCGGGGGAGAUCUCCAGAGAAGGUCCUUCAGAGCCUUGAUCCACAGCCGGCAGAAACAAAGGCAGAGAAAAGAAAACGAGAGCAUCCAACCACCUCCUCACGGCCUUCCCAGCAGGACACAGUGUUUAGUGACAGCAGCUCUUCAUCAGAGCUGUCUGACCAGGAGGAGAGCAGGGACCUGGAGGAGGAGCAGGGCCUCACGGACAGCCUGGCGCAGCCUGAGUUCACUGGCCUGUGGGACCAGAAACGUCAAGUUCACCAGAGCACUCCAAAUGAAGAGACUAAAUCAUUACAGUCGCAAGCAGAGAGACAGAAUCUGUCUUUGCUGCCGGUGGGGAAACCUCCAGUGGCUGGUAAAAGAGUUAUACAGGGGAAGGAAUUCAAAGGCUCACCUUUCAUCAGCAAGCCAGAAAUCGUCCUCUUCAAGGACUUUGAGGUGGGACAGACGUAUAAGAAGAAGGUCAACCUGACUAAUGUCAGCUACACAACCAAUUAUUGCAAGUUACUUGGUGUCACCAUGGAUCUGAUGGAUUUCAUUUCAAUAAGCUUUGAGCCUCCUGGUCCAAUAUCUGCUGGGAUGGCCUGUGACAUGCAGGUCAUUUUUCAACCAAUGAUAAAUAAGGAUUUGAAGGGAGAGGUCCAGUUUGUGUCAGCAGCUGGCCCCUUCUCUGUGCCCAUCAGAUGCACCAUUAAGAAAUGUGAUCUGUCUGUGGACAUCGACCUCAUUGUUUUUGGCACCCACGUGGUGGGCCAGACCAUUUCCCGGGCUAUCACCCUGACCAACAGGGGGGCCCUGGGGACACGCUUCACCCUGGUACCCUCCCCUUGCCCUAGCCUAGCGCAGUCCCAGCACCAGGCUCAGGCCUUGUCCGAGGCCUCCUCCGCCAGCACCCAGCUUUCACAGGAGAGGAGCACUUCAAUAGCAGCAGCCUCUGACAGCCAGGAGAGCCCUGCGUCACGGGACUCAGGAGAACUCAAAUCAGAGAGGAAGAGUCAGAAACCCUCGCUAGGCUCAGACUCCAAACAGUCAAGGGCCCAGACACCUGCUGUGCCAGAGACCCUGGGGGGUGUGGAGGCUGCCUCAGGAAGACGCAGCCUGGCCUCAGAGCAGCAGGAGGGAGGCCUGGCCCUCAAGGCCAACACGGAGGAGCCCUCGGACAGCAGCAGUGACAUCACCAUCGGAAAGGUCAGAGAGGGGGAGGUGGGCCCGUUUGAAAGUGUCAAGUUGGAGAUUGUGUUCACACCCACCAUACCAGGGGAGGCUAAGUUGGACUUCCACAUCAAGUUCUCCGACCCAACCUGUGAACCGAUAUCCAUUGGGGUCCAAGGGAUGGCUGUGUGCGUGCCUGUGUGGGUGGCCCAGCCAAGCAUUGUCCUGAAGAUCUGCAUGUUCGAUCGCCUCUAUCAAGACAGUAUUGUGGUCCAAAGCAGAGCGAGCACAGCUCUUCGGCUGACGUUCGAGGUGUGUCCAGAGCUGAGGAACCACAUGGAGAUCCUGCCUAAGACCGGCUACAUCCAGGCCAGGUCCAGCUUCAACGCUCAGCUUAAGUUCCUGCCCAGACGUUCCUUGUUCGAGGAUGCAAAGAUGUUUUUUGACGGCGAAACAGGAGUGCUGGAAGUCCCCUUGACAGUGGAAGUGGCCGAUCAGGUCCGGCCUGUUCCCUUCACGGUCCAUGCAGUCAUCACCUCCUCCGACCUGUGCUUUGACCGGACAGAGGUGGACUUUGGCCACUGCUCCAUCUACGAAUCAGUGAAGACCAGCGUGCGCCUCACGAACCUCGCCCUCCUGCCCCAGGACUUUGGCUUUCUGGGCAUACCUCAGUUUGUGGAGGUCCAGCCCAACGACGGCUUUGGCACUCUCCUCCCAUUGGAAACCUUGGAGGUGGAUCUGAUCUUUAGUGCCAAGAAGGCAGGAGAGUACAGCUUUCAGCUCAACUGCAAAUCCGGAAUUAACAGAGACUUCCCCCUGUCAUGUCAUGCGGUCGGGGUACACCCUCCGCUAGAGCUGUCUCACUCUCUGGUCCAGUUCGGCGGCACGGCGGUCGGUGACUGUUCCACAGCCGUGCUGCACGUGGUCAACGCACACACCAGCCGCAACGAGUUCACACACCCUGUGCCCCGCAUAGGCCGGGACCCCGUUGUCCCAGUGGGCCCCCGGCUGUUCGCCUUCACUCCCCCUGAAAACACAGAGAUUAGCCUCACCCCCAGGACAGGCCGGGUCUUACCUGGACAGAGGUGCCUGGUGCAGGUGACAUUCAGGCCCAGGCUGUGUGACCAGGUCAUCAGGGAGGAGGCGGUGCGGCUGCUGUGUCGCUCCGAGGAGCUGCGCCUCCACGAGCUGGAGAGGGUUACCAAGGCCGAGGGCAACAGGAAGGGAGGGGAGCAGGAGGGGCCGUGUAAAAGGGAGGCCCCUUCAGCCCCCCAGAAAGGCAAGAAGCCGCCCCCUACCCGGCCCCAGGCGAAGCAAGCCCUGAAGGAGAAGAUCAGCAAAGUGUCCAUCAGCCCUAAAACAGACAGCCCCUUCAGAGCCCCCAACCCAGCUGACAUACAGUCAGGGUCAGAGGAGUACGCUGCAGGCAGGAACUCCCUCCUGCACUCCUUCCCUAAGCACUACAGUCGCUAUGUCAUCCCUUGCUUCGUGUCUGACAGAGACCCACCCCAGAGUGACCCCCAGGCCCAGCCAUCCUACAGCCCCCUCAACACGCUGUACUUGGAGCUGCAUUGCCCAGCUGUCAGGCCCCCUCUAGUUGUCACGUCCAGUAACGGCCAGACCACCAUCAACUACAACCAGGUGGCUGUGGGUCAGAAAGUGGUCAAAAAGCUCACUGUUCAGAAUAUUUCUCAGGAAGCCUUGGAGCUGAGGUCCUCAGUGCUGGACCUGAGUGGUCCAUUCUCCCUCCUCAACGCUCUGCGACGGCUGGGUCCUGGAGCCACACACACAUUGUUACUGGCCUUCACACCCGUACUGGGGAAAAGGUACCGUGAGACUGUGGAGAUCCACAGCCCAAACAUGACCCUGGAGGUCACGCUGUGCGGGGUGGGAGUGGAUCCCCUCGUCACCUCCUCCCACCAGGGUGGCCUCAUGGACUUUGGCUACUUGUUGGAGAAGGAGAGAGCCUCCCAGGUCUUUAAGCUGCAGAACACGUCGUCUCUGGCGGUGCGCUUCUCUGUGCUGCUGGAUAGCCUGUCGCUGGGGUGUAAAGCCCAGAGUGGAGCAGACUGCCUCCCUGCCCUCCUCAGCCCAGGCCCAGAGGAACAGACACACCCCACUGUGGGGACCCAGAACUACAGUGGUCGGAGUGUGUUCAGUGUGACGCCCAUAGAGGGCACCAUCGCCCCAGGAAAGAGCCAGGACAUCACUGUGACCUUCCUGCCAGACCACGAGAGCCUCCACUACUCGGACAGACUGAAGGUGGAGCUCAUGAACAAGAGCACAGUGUGUGUCAUGGUGCUGAAGGGUGCAGCUCGCUCUCACAUCAUGUACCUAUGUGGAGGAGACCCGCUGGCAGUGCCCACUGAUGCCGUCCACCCUCUGCCAGCCUCCGGGGACUCUGAGCUCACAGUAGACUGUGAGAAGCCCCCUCUGCCUGUGCUGCUCACCCUCAGAGGGGUCUACAGAGAGGGGGCCAUGAGCCCAGCGGUCAGAGAGCUGGAGGUGGGCUGCAUCUGCUCCACACAGCCUGUGGCCAAGAAGAACGUGGAGUUCAGCUGGGAGGGGCUUCAGGCGCUGCAACAGAGGGGCUUCAGUGUGGAGCCGACCAGGGGCAUGGUGGACGCCGGCCACAGACGCACCAUCACUGUGAUCUGGACUCCUCCUAGUGGCCUUAAGCCGAAUGAGGUGGUGCAGGUGUGUGCGCCCCUCACCCUGAGAGGAGACGAGACAGAGGUAUACAGUGUCACCCUGCUGGCCUUGGCAUCCAGAGCCAGUCAAGAGCCUUCACAAACAUAGUAACCAAUAUGUAAACACAUAGAACACUUCACUCACACACACACACACACACACACACACACACAC